AUGGACAGGGUAAAUAAACAAAUACGUGAAUGUGUCAUUUUGGUUACAGGAGAAACGCAGGAUUCGGCAUUGGCUCUCAAUCACAGCAUCCUCCGUCUCCUGGAGUGCCCCGUGUGCAUGGAGUGGAUGGAGCCGCCCAUCACGCAGUGCCGCCGCGGGCACCUCGUGUGCGGCGCGUGCCGCAAGCGCCUCGACGCGUGCCCCGUGUGCCGCACGCCCUUCUCGUCCGUGCGCAACCGCGCCAUGGAGGACGUGGCGGGCGCGCUGCGCUACCCGUGCCGGCACGGCUGCGGGCGCUGGCUGCGCGCGCCGCGCCGCCACCGCCACGAGGCCAGCUGCGCCGCGCGCCGCCACGCCUGCCCGCUGCCCGCCUGCCGCGCCGCGCCGCCGCUGCCCCGGGACAAGCUGCACAAGCACGCGCAGACGAAGCACCCGGAAUCGUUCAAGACCGGCACGCAACACGUGAUCCCCCUGGGCGUGCGCACCGAGCAGCACGUGCAGCUCGUGGUAGCGGCGCUCGGGGCCCUGUUCCACCUGCGCGUCGACAUGGACGUGCGCACGUGGGGCGUGUGCGCGCUAGUGCAGCAUCUAGGGCCGCAGGACCAGGCACAUAACUACACGUACGAGGUGACAGUAAACGGGCGGCACAGCGGGCGGCGACUAGUCUACCGCCGCGCCACGCACAGCGACUUGGAGAACCCUGCGCUCAACACCAGCAGGCAGGACUGCUUCCACCUGACCCUCGACCAGGCGCUCAACUACCUGCGCUACAAGAACGAGCACACGGAGACGGACAAGACCCUGGACCUCACCAUCACGCUGGCCGAGGCCGAGCCUGAACACGAACCGGCUGACGAAGACACGUGAACACAUACUUGUA